CGGUGGUGAUCAGACUGACUGCCGUGCUUUGAAAUAAUGUGAUACAGGGGCAAGAAGACGGAGAUUUUUAGCAAGAUUUCAGGAGAGGAAGCUGCUGUUUUCACCUGAUAUGGAAUACAAGAUUGCUCUGACGGAAACAGCUGCGUCCUGUCAGGCUUUUUGCUGAUGAAAUCAACUUGAAAAUAUCAGGAGAUUUUUGGUGUGAUUGUCACUCUUGCCCCUGCUGAUUCAGCACACAAGACACUGAGGGGAUUUGGGGGCAAAACACAGAAAAGGAUGACAGGCAGUGACAUCCAGUGAGCAUUGUGUUUUUUCAGACUAGCAUUAGUUUCUGAGACCUAUCUGCUUGUCCCACCUGGGUUUUUAUUAGAGUCAACAGAGGUUAAAGUUUGGGAAACUGUCACACAGCCAUAUUUCUUCAUCGUAGCAUGUUUAUUUUCAUCCCACUUUGUCCAAAGUGACAUCUCUUCACCUUAGAAGCUAUCACAGAUAUUUGACUAAACAUCCCAGGUUCAGUGAUGCAUCCCAGGUUACUCCCCUCCCACCUCCCCAUCCUCCUACUCCUGCUUUUAAUGUGGGGACCAAAGGAGUCCAGGGCCCAGAAUGACACAGAGCCCAUCAUCCUGGAGGGGAAAUGUUUGGUCGUAUGUGACUCCACUCCUUCCUCCGAGCCGGCCGGUAACGCUCUGGGCAUGUCGGUCCGCUCCGGCUCAGGCAGAGUGGCCUUCUCGGCCAGCAGGCAGACGAACCACGAGCCCACAGACAUGAGCAACCGCACCAUGAUCAUCUACUUUGAUAAUAUUUUGGUGAACGUUGGCACUCAUUUUGACCAAGAAAGCAGCGUCUUCCACGCUCCGAGAAGAGGAGUGUACAGCUUCAACUUCCAUGUUGUGAAGGCUUACAACAGACAAACUAUUCAGGUCAGUCUGAUGUUGAACGGCUGGCCCAUGAUUUCAGCGUUCGCUGGGGACCAGGACGUGACCAGAGAAGCAGCCACUAACGCCGGCCUGGUGAUCAUGGAGAAGGGGGACAAAGCCUACCUGAGACUGGAGCGAGGAAACCUGAUGGGGGGCUGGAAGUACUCAACCUUCUCUGGGUUCCUGGUCUUCCCCUUGUGAGGACGGUGGAGGAAGAUUUCAAGCAGUGAUAGAAAGAGAAAAGGCUUCAAUCUGUAACUCUUUAUACAAUGCAUGAAAGGAUGUGCUUUAUGCAAAACGAGAUAAAUAUAAUCGUCACUUGAGGCCAGGAGAAAAAGAGGGGAAAUAAGCCAAAAUAUGGAAGCCUUUAGAGGACAUGCAUGCAUGCAUUUUACUGUAUGUUUGGGCCUGUGUCCAUUGCUGCUGUUUUUUUGUGCUAACACCAGCUUCACACCAGCACUUGUGCUGAGAGGUCACAAAAGCUGACUUCUGAGUCCCUCAGCUCUAUCCAUAGUGUUGUUUUUAACUAUUUAAUAGCUUAAUAGUUUCCUUAAAAUUUCGCAGCAGUUGUACACCUGGAAACUUUACCUUUAAAAACAUGACUUAGGUUGGUUUCUCCUCCCCCGUUGUUGUUGACAAAGCUGGUAUCAGAAGCCCGCCCCUUCUUGAUUUUAAUUGGUCAGAAGUGACACUAAUGAACACAGUGUUACUCCAAAAGUAGAACUACUUUCAACUGAGGGUACUCAGUUUGAUUGAUUGAUUGAUUGAUUGAUUGAGUGAGUGAUUGUACUUCAUUUCCGUUUCAUGCACGUCUUUAUUUGCUUUUUAUUUAAAAUCUGCUGCAACAAAGGUUACUUUUCUGGACCAGAACUCGAGUUUUCAUAAUCAUUUUAACCAAAAAAGUCACCUGGGAGAAAAGAACAAGAAAAGAAACUGCACCUGUGGAUUGGGCCCUUACUCGAUGUAUAAUGAGUCAAUUUUGGUUGUUUUCUUAAGAUCUAGUCUCGUUUAUCUUGUUAUUUUUUGGCUAACAGCACCGGAUUCCCUGCAAUAAGGACUUGCUUUCAUUUCCUUACUCAAUAUGUCAAAAAAUAGGCUUGUUAUUUCAAGAAAACUAGCACUUUUAUCUUAAGAUAAUGGCUUAAAAGUGUUGAAAUGUCGACAAAAAUCUAAAUGUACUCUUUCAGUAACAUGAAGUGCACGGAUGUAUGUCCAUCUGGGCUUCCAUAUCUAAUUGAUCAGUGACAAUGAUUAUCUGUGGAUUUGAUUUGCUCUAUUUAUGUGUAUAAAUAUACUUGUUGGGUUUGUAAACUAAGAGAUCCUUUAAUUGUGACAAAAAUAUCAAGUAGCCAUGUGCAAUGUGGGCUUCUGUGCUAAGAUACUUUUAUUUUUCUCACUGAUCUGUCUGCUGUGCUCCACAUGGCCUCCUGUCUAGCGAACACUUUCCCUUUAUUCUGCUGUUGUAUGACUGAUGCUCCUUCAUAUGCCUGUCUGUGACCUGCUAAAAAUGUUUAUUUACACAGAAAUUUCUA